ACGCCGGAGGUCUGCACCCGGGUGCGCUAGCGGCGCCCACCGUUUACGACGGGCCGGAAAGUAGCGGCCGCAGCCAGUGCCGGGCCUGGUCGGGCCGAGCCGGGCCAGUAUGGGGAAAAUUGCGCUGCAGCUCAAAGCCACGCUGGAGAAUGUCACCAACCUCCGGCCCUUGGGCGAGGACUUCCGGUGGUACCUUAAGAUGAAAUGUGGCAACUGUGGUGAGAUUUCAGAGAAGUGGCAAUAUAUUCGGCUGAUGGACAGUGUGGCACUGAAGGGAGGUCGUGGCAGCGCCUCCAUGGUCCAGAAGUGCAAGCUGUGUGCAAGGGAAAACUCCAUCGAGAUUUUGAGCAGCACCAUCAAAUCUUACAAUGCUGAAGACAAUGAGAAGUUCAAGACAAUUGUAGAGUUUGAGUGUCGGGGCCUUGAACCAGUUGAUUUCCAGCCUCAGGCUGGGUUUGCUGCCGAGGGCGUGGAAUCCGGGACGGUCUUCAGUGAUAUUAAUCUUCAGGAGAAGGACUGGACUGACUAUGACGAAAAAGCUCAGGAAUCUGUGGGAAUCUACGAGGUCACCCACCAGUUUGUGAAGUGCUGAACCCUCUUCCUGCACACUUGCCUCAAAGAACUGAGAAGGGACAAUGUGCCCCAAGCAGCAGAGCCCACUGAGGCUAAUCCCCUCAUCCCCUGUCUGCUGGAAGCUGUCUGAGCCCUCACAGCCUGCAUGCUGGGCUCUGCCACAGCUUCCCAAGCAUCACCAAUAAAGCCGCUGUUUGUGCUACA